CUGCCGCGCCCGCCGCCGCCGCCCGCCACCUUGAACAUGGAGCCCCCGGACGCCCGGGCCGGGGCGCGCAGGGCCCCGCGGCUGCUGGUGCUCGCGCUUCUGCUGGGGGCGCACCGAGGUGUCAAGGCUGAGGUGCGCCUGUCUGUGCCCCCUCUGGUGGAGGUGAUGAGGGGGGAGCCUGUCACUCUGGACUGCACCCCUUUGGGAGCCCAUGACCAUUUCGUGCUGGAAUGGUUCCUGGCCGACCGCUCUGGGGUUCGCCACCGCCUGGCCUCUGCCGAGCUGCAUGGCACUGAGCUCCAGGACAAGGUGCACGACUCCCGGGGCCGCAGCCCACCAUACCAGCUGGACUCCCGGGGGCGUCUGGUGCUGGCCGAGGCCCAGGUGGGCGACGAGCGGGACUAUGUGUGCUUGGUGAGGGCGGGGGCAGCAGGCACUGCCGAGGCCACCGCGAGGCUCAAUGUGUUCGCGAAACCAGAGGCCACCGAGGUCUCCCCCAACAGAGGGACACUGUCGGUGAUGGAGGAUUUCGCCCAGGAGAUAGCCACCUGCAACAGUCGCAAUGGGAACCCGGCCCCACAGAUCACGUGGUACCGGAACGGGCAGCGCCUGGAGGUGCCCAUGGAGGUGAACUCCGAGGGCUAUAUGACCAGCCGCACAGUCCGGGAGGCCUCGGGCCUGCUGUCUCUCACCAGCACCCUCUACCUGCGACUCCACAAGGCCGACCGGGACGCCAGCUUCCACUGCUCCGUGCACUACCGCCUGCCCACGGGCCGGCACGGCCGCCUGGACAGCCCUUCCUUCCACCUCACCCUGCACUAUCCCACGGAGCACGUGCAGUUCUGGUUGGGCAGCCCGUCCACUACUGCAGGCUGGGUUCGCGAGGGUGACUCUGUCCAGCUGUUCUGCCGGGGGGAUGGCAGCCCCAACCCAGAGUACACGUUUUUCCGCCUUCAGGACAAGCAGGAGGAUGUGCUAAAAACAAAUCUCGAGGGGAACUUGACCCUGGAAGGGGUGCAGCGGAGCCAGAGCGGGACCUACGGCUGCAGGGUGGAAGACUACGACGCUGCCGAGGACACAGAGCUCUCCAAAACCCUGGAGCUGCACGUGGCCUACCUGGACCCCCUGGAGCUGAGCACUGGGGAAGAGCUUUCCUUACCCCUGGGCAACAGCACAGCCGUGAACUGCUCCGUGCGAGGCCUGCCCACCCCAGCCCUACGCUGGACCAAGGACUCAGUACCCCUGGGGGACAACCCCACACUCUCCCUCCGCUCCGUCACCUUCGAUUCCGCCGGCACCUACACGUGUGAGGCCUCCAUGCCCGCGGUCCCCGUCCUUAGUCGCACCCGAAGUUUCAAGUUGCUGGUCCAAGGCCCACCAGAGUUAAGGGCAGAGGAGACUCAGCCCAAGGCGGAGGGCGGCUGGAGGGAAGGAGGUGAAGUCAGGCUGACCUGCUACGCACGCGGCUACCCAGAGCCCAAACUCAGCUGGAGCCAGUUGGGCGGCAGUCUAGCAGAGCCAGCCCCCGGAGGCCAGGGCUGGGUGAGCAGCUCCCUGACCCUGAAGGUGACCAGUGCCUUGAGCCGAGAUGGCGUCUCCUGUGAGGCCUCCAACCCCUACGGGAACGACCGGCAUGUCUUCCACUUCGGCACUGUGGCCCCCCAGACCUCCCAGGCUGGAGUUGCGGUCAUGGCCGUGGCCGUCAGCGUGGGCCUACUGCUCUUCAUCGUGGCCGCCUUCUACUGCAUGAGACGCAAGGGGCAACCCGGCUGCUGCCGGCGGGGGGAGAAGGGAUCUCCGCCACCUGGGGAACCUGAGCUGAGCCACUCAGGGUCAGAGCGGCCGGAGCAGACGGGCCUUCUCGUGGGGGGUGCCUCUGGAGGAGCCAGGCAUGGGAGCAGGGGCUUUGGAGAUGAGUGCUGAGCCCGAGGACCUCCCAGAGGCAGUCACUGAACCCCACCUGGAGUUGCGGGCACCAGAAAACCAGCCCUGCCCAUGCCUCCACCUGCCCCCGCCUUCCCGGCCUUCCCUCAUCCCUCUCGGGCCCUCCCUUCCUUCCUCUGCAGGCUGGGCAGGGACCACGGCAGCCCUACCGCUGCUGGGAGGAGACCUUCCUCCAGGGAGUAUGACUCUCCCAGGCCCCAGAAUAGCUCCUGGACUCAAGCCCAAGGCCUGGCCUUGGGACGAGACUCGAGGGUCGGCUGGCCGGGGCUAUUUUUACCUCCUGUCUCCACUGCUGGUCCCCCCACCUGACGUCCUGCUGCAGAGUCUGACACUGGAUCCCCACCUCGCCCCCCACCCCUGCCCUUGCCCCCUCAUCUGUGGACACUGGAGUCUGGAAUAAAUGCUGUCUGUCACGUGGACACCA